AUGCCCACAACAAUAAUUCGCCGACCGGCCGACCAGAGCACCGCCAGCUACAAAGGUACCAAAACCUUUACUGGGGACGUCUGGGUCGAUCCAAUACACAACACGCCGGACAUAAAAAUCAACAACGUCUUCUUCAACCCCGCUGCCCGGAGUUACUGGCAUACGCAUGAGAAUGGACAAUUGAUGAAAGUUCUCGCGGGCUCCGGCUGGGUCUGUGAUAAGGGAGAGAAACCCCGGCGUCUUCAGGCGGGAGAUGUCGUUUGGGCAGCGCCUGGGACGACUCAUUGGCACGGCGGAGAUGAUGGCAGCUACAUGUGCCAUUUGGUGGUCAGUCAUGGGUCGACUACGUGGCACCAAGAGGUUACAGACGAAGAGUAUCAGAAGAAAAGCUAG